UAUCAGUUUCGAUUUGUUUACAUAGAUGCUGUACAUAGUAUUUAGUACUGUGCUUAUUAUUAAUUAUAUUUCAAUGUUUUAAAUGUAUUAUUAAAAAGAAAAUUUAGUUCCAUUAUAUCACUUUAGUCUUCAGAAACUUAAAUUAAACAAUGUGUGUAGAAGAACAGUUAUAAUUGGUUGCCGGUAAACAAUGGAUAACCUCAAAGAAAAUGUUGUUGAGAAAAUAGUGCAGAAUUGUUUUACUUUGUACGACAGCUUACCAAAGAAUGGGAAACCCAUCGACAAAGAAUGGACAGUACUUUCAUGUUUUAUAGAAUACAACACAGCUACGGAAAAAAUUGAAGUAGUGUCAUUGGGUACUGGAUCAAAAUGUGUAGGAGCAUCGAAAAUGACUCCUAAUGGUAGUAUACUCAACGAUAGUCAUGCCGAAAUAUUCGCUCGACGAGGCUUUUUAUUGUACCUGUACGAAAAUAUUGAUAAAGCUUUAAAAGACAAACAAAACAUUUUUAUCAAAGAAAAUAGUCAGUUAAAACUCAAGGAUAAUAUACAGUACAUAUUCUAUUCAUCACAACUACCUUGUGGAGACGCGUCGAUAAUAUCUCAGAAUGAUGAUGGAGAACAUUAUGGUGAUGUCUUGACCAAUCAAAAACGAGCAGCUCUGGACGAUGUUAGUGAGAUUGAAUUAAAAAAGCAGAAAGUGGAAGACUAUCUUAAUAAAACAGGUGCAAAAUGUUUACCUCAAUGUGAACAAGACUUGAAGGAACCAGGAACAAAUAUCCAGCUCAUCUUAGGUCAAGUGAGAACUAAACCGGGGAGAGGAGACAGAACAUUGUCUGUCUCGUGCAGUGACAAAAUAGCUAAGUGGAUACACCUUGGUGUUCAGGGGAGCCUACUAUGUAUGCUUUGCGAACCAAUAUACAUAAAGCACUUUAUAUUUGGUGGUGGAGUACCAUUCUCAAGUCAAUCCCUACACAGAGCUCUCCUAAGUAGGUCAGAGUCGCCACUUACAUUAGACGUGGUUCCUGAAUUUUAUCAAAGCAGUUCUGUCUUUACAAAUGUAAGCUCUGAUGUUAAUAUUAAACCGGCCCCCGGGAGUAUUGUUUGGACAAAAUCUUUUAACCAACGACCAGAAGUAGCAGUGCAAGGAAGAAAAUUGGGUGUGACAGUGAAGAAAGCAACGUCACCAGCAUGCAGUUUAUGUAUCAGUAAAUAUAAUCUGUACAAGAAAUUCCUACACAUACUCAAUACUAAUGAAGAUCUAAAACAAAGGAUAUGUAGCCAAGACAAACUUGAAACGAUUCCAUAUAAUAAAAUGAAGAGAAAAUCAAUUAUUUAUUAUGAAAAAUGGGUAGACAUUAAGGAUAAGUUUUUUAAGACGUGGACUGUGAAACCAGAUAUGUGGGACUUUUGUAUUAAUAUUCAUUGAAUCGUCAGAUAAUACAUAUUUGUAUUUACAAUAAUUAUAUGAAAUAUAUUGAUGUAUUUA